AUGGAGAGGACACUUGGCCGAAUCCGGAAUCUCGUACUGUAUGACAACUUCAGGUCUAAAAACGGUGCUCCAGUAUAUCAGACACACAUAAAGGGAAUAGAGGAAGACGCAUGUAGGCUGUUCACACACGACAUCUUUGUUAUGAUUAAGUCCCAAAUCUUGUUUGAGAGGAGGUUAGUUCUGGUGCAGAAAGUACCCUUUCCUGUUUCUGAUACAGUGAUGUUCUACCUUGCCCAAUAUGAUAGGCCUGAACGAUGGUGGCGUGUUGAGUUCCAUUCAGACCCGACAAACCCAACGUGGUUGUGCUCCUGCAAACUUUUUGAAUCAGAUGGUAUUCCUUGCGGUCACAUUUUCUGUGUCUUGAAAGAUCAGCUUAUGUCAAGAUAUCCGGCCUCUUUGAUAACCAAACGUUGGACAAAGUGUGUGGGUGAUUCAACAUUUGCACCCAAACUUAAGGUCCCCCAUCACAACAAGUCAGCUCAGGUGGCCAGGUAUUCUGCCCUAAUAUCAGAAGUGUCCAAAGGGUGCUUAAAUUACUCAUUUUCAGAUGAAGUUUUCAGGGUAGGAAUGAAUGAAUUUGCAAGGCUAGUUCAAAGCUCAAGUGAGUUUAAGGUUGAUCCACCCAUGGACGCUUCAAAAGUGCCUCCGAGCAGCAACGUUGUGAGGGACCCAAAAAUAUCCCGCACAAAGGGCAUGCCCUCUAAUCCCACAACAAACACUGAAAAUGCCAACAAGGAGCAGUAG